AUGCAGCCAUCCUGCUUGCCUCGUUGUGAGCAUGCCCGUGAGAAGUUGAGCCGCGCCUGCUUCUGCCGUUUUGCCCCUGCAGACCCCCUGGGCCUGGGUGUGGACUCGGACCGCCUGAAGUGGUACACCGAGGCGGAGAAGACCAACGGGCGGUGGGCCAUGGCUGCCGUGGCCGGCAUCCUGUUCACCGACGUGCUGGGCAAGCCCAAGUGGUUUGAGGCGGGGGCGCAGGAGUACUGGAUGGACAACAACGCGCUGCUGGCCAUUGAGUUCCUGGUGCUGGGCUUCCUGGAGCUCAAGCGCUUCCAGGGCUGGAAGGAGACCGGCACCUCGGGCUUCCUCAACGCCUUCCCCUUCGACCCCGCCGGCAUGAACUCCCCCUCCAUGGCCACCAAGGAGGUGAAGAACGGCCGCCUCGCCAUGGUCGCCUUCAUCGGCUUCUGCGUGCAGGCAAGCGCGCUUGUGACCCGCGAAGGCCCCGUUGAGGCCCUGCAGAGCCACCUGAGCAGCCCCUUUGAGAACAACUUCAUCGGCUCCAUCGCUGCGCUGCCGUCUGUGAUCGGCAAGUGA